AUGACCGACCAAGAGGAGGAGGGCUGCAGGGAGUGGAAGGGAGCAGGGAGAGAGGGAAAUGAUGUGGAGGCUGUGAGCAAGAAAGUGGAGAAGCUCGAAACAGUCAACGUGGAGAGUAAGCGGGGAGGAACCGCAGGCCCGCCCCCCAACUCCCCGCAGAAAGUCCUGCUGUGGUCCAGCAUCUCCCACCACCUUGAUCUUAAAGAGCAAGUGGCAGCUCAGAGAAGGAGCCCUGGACCAGCAGUCAGCAACUCGUUGUGCAUGCUGGGUCCACCCGUGGGGGUCCUGACUUGGGUCUCUGCCUUCCUGGACUCGGUGAGGCCUGCUGCUGAGGUGAAAGGCGGGGAGGCGAGGAAGAGGAGGGUGGAGGGGGCCAGGGCACCCAGAAGAGCCCGGAAAAAAGCGGAAGGAGGAGCCAGCUCCAACGUCUUCUCCAUGUUCGAUCAGUCACAGAUCCAGGAGUUUAAAGAGGCCUUCACCAUCAUGGACCAGAACCGGGACGGCUUCAUCGACAAGGAGGACCUGAGGGACACCUUUGCUGCCCUGGGCCGCAUCAAUGUAAAGAACGAGGAGCUGGAAGCCAUGGUGAAGGAGGCCCCUGGACCCAUCAACUUCACCGUCUUCCUGACCAUGUUUGGGGAGAAGCUGAAGGGGACGGACCCCGAGGAGACCAUUCUCCACGCCUUCAAGGUGUUCGACACUGAAGGGAAAGGUUUCGUCAAGGCUGAUUUCAUCAAAGAGAAGCUCAUGACGCAGGCAGACCGGUUCAGUGAGGAAGAGGUCAAGCAGAUGUUUGCCGCUUUCCCGCCAGAUGUGUGUGGCAAUCUGGACUACAGGAACCUGUGUUACGUCAUCACGCAUGGCGAAGAGAAGGACUAG